UUGCAACUGUAUAUCUAGACUAUGCUUAUACUAUGGUUUCGAACCCAUUUUCAGACCUCGAGUUUGAUCUCCUUCUUAUUACUUUGUGACACCGUGACAUCAUCGCGCCAGCGCUCAGCGUUCAGCCAUUUUGUGUGACUGCAGUGAACAAGCGCUAUCCGUUUUCACGAGUUAUUUGUGUUACGGGAUUCGUGGUCAGUGGCGUGCAGUGGUGGAGAUAAACUUGGAUGAUUUAGCUUCGCGUUAAAGGAUACGCUCGGGCGAUCGGAUUACAUGCGCUAGUGAGGAGUGCGACCGACCGCACGACUGCGUUAACUUCCCGUGCAAAAUUGUGGAACAAGUACGAUGGAGGAUAAGGCGUCGCUCAAGGAACUUGACCAGUGGAUAGAACAAUUAAACGACUGCAAACAACUGACAGAAAGCCAAGUGAAAACUCUCUGCGAUAAGGCGAAAGAAAUUUUAGCUAAGGAAUCCAAUGUACAAGAAGUAAAAUGUCCUGUAACAGUAUGCGGAGAUGUACAUGGACAGUUCCACGAUUUGAUGGAAUUGUUCAGAAUAGGUGGCAAAUCGCCUGAUACAAAUUACCUUUUUAUGGGCGAUUAUGUUGAUCGUGGCUAUUAUUCAGUCGAGACUGUCACUUUGCUUGUAGCUCUUAAGGUAAGAUAUCGAGAAAGAAUAACCAUUUUGCGAGGAAAUCACGAAUCAAGACAAAUCACACAGGUGUAUGGAUUUUAUGAUGAAUGCUUACGUAAAUAUGGAAAUGCCAAUGUAUGGAAAUUCUUUACGGACUUAUUCGAUUAUUUACCAUUAACGGCAUUGGUAGAUGGCCAAAUAUUUUGUUUGCAUGGUGGUCUGUCACCAUCAAUUGACACUUUAGAUCAUAUACGUGCUCUAGAUCGUCUUCAGGAAGUACCACAUGAAGGUCCUAUGUGCGAUCUGCUUUGGUCAGAUCCAGAUGAUAGAGGAGGAUGGGGUAUUUCACCCCGUGGAGCAGGAUAUACUUUUGGUCAAGAUAUUUCUGAAACGUUUAAUCACUCCAAUGGACUAACACUCGUUUCACGGGCUCAUCAAUUGGUUAUGGAAGGUUACAAUUGGUGUCAUGAUCGCAAUGUCGUAACUAUAUUCUCAGCACCUAAUUACUGUUAUCGUUGUGGUAAUCAAGCUGCAAUUAUGGAACUGGAUGAUGCUUUAAAAUAUUCAUUCCUACAAUUUGACCCAGCACCAAGACGUGGAGAACCACAUGUUACCAGGCGAACGCCAGACUACUUCCUCUAAAGAACUAAACUUCAAGAUUAAGUGUCAAGGUAGGAGAAUGGAAACGCGACUUUAUAGUGAGGCCAGACAGCAUAACUUUCAAUAAAACAUCGCUAAAUGAAUGUGAGGCUCCGACAUGUUUUCACACAUACCACAUAUAGCCUCAAGUAUUAUAUCAUGGCUCACUUUGUGGUGUCUCAUUGAGAGAUAGAAUAGAUUACACGCACGUUUUGUGCGUGCCUUACAUGAUACAUGUAGACAUAACAUUACUUGUACACUGAAAAGGAAAAAAUAAUACAAUAAUGUACACACGUAUCGAUUAAAUUCAUUUGUAGCAUUGAGUUUUAUUAUAUCCGCUUGUAUUUUUAUUAUAAAAGAAACUGAAUUUAUAAUAAUGUACACAUUUG